GUCUGCUUGCGCUUUGGCAUUUUUGCGCCUGACAAUGUUUAUUUUUCUUAACAUUUCCCUUUUUUUCCGGUAGUUAAUGCUUAACUUUUCACUGUUAAGUAUUUGUUCUCUCUGGUUUAGAGAUUUCCCUUUCGCAAGUCGAAUGUUAAUGUGUUUCAAUUACCACUAUGCCGUCUGUUUCUGAAAUGCCAUCGAAUGUGUUCGUUCUUGACAACGGUGGAUAUACUGCAAAGGUGGGAUAUUCGACUGAUGAUCAACCACGUGUUAUUCCAAAUUGCAUCACAAAGGCAAAGAGUGAAAGGCGCAGAGCUUUUAUUGGUAAUCAGCUUGAUGAAUGCAAAGAUUAUUCAGCAUUAUAUUAUUCAUAUCCAUUUCAACGUGGUUAUUUAGUGAACUGGGAUAUUGAAAAGACAGUAUGGGAUCAUAUAUUUAGCAGUGAUAUGUAUAAUGUUGAUUUCAAAGAAACGUGUCUUAUUGUAACUGAACCUUAUUUCAAUUUUACAUCUUUGCAAGAAAUGUUAACUGAAAUUUUGUUUGAAGAUUACAAAUUUCAUUCAGCUCUAAGAAUAAAUCCUGCCACACUUUCUGCAUAUAAAGCUCAAAAGACAUUUCCAUCAGAGAUGUGUUGUUUAGUUGUAGAUUCUGGAUUUUCUUUUACGCAUUUUAUUCCAUACAUAAAGGGAAAGAAACUUCGGAAUUCAACCCGAAGACUUGAUAUAGGAGGAAAGGUUUUGACAAAUCAUUUGAAAGAAGUGAUUUCAUAUCGUCAUUUAAACGUCAUGGAUGAAACGUAUGUUGUGAAUCAAGUGAAAGAAGAUGUUUGCUAUGUUUCAAGUAAUGUAUAUGAAGAUGACAAAAUAGCACGGUUGAAAAAUGAAAGUAAUACAAUAAUUCGAGAUUAUGUGCUACCUGAUUACACUGUUAUUAAAAGAGGCUAUGUGAGGCCACCGGAAGAAACGAAUGGCCGUGCAAAGGAUAACGAACAAUUAAUAAGAAUGAAUACAGAAAGAUAUAUGAUACCUGAAACGCUUUUUCAUCCAGCUGAUGUUAAUCUCAAUGAAAUGGGCUUAUCUGAUUCCAUACUUUAUUGCAUUUCAACUACACCUGAAGAAGUCCAGCCACAUUUAUACAAAAACAUUGUUCUGACUGGAGGAAAUGCAUGUUUUCCUGGAUUCAGAGACAGAGUAUAUAAUGAUGUUCGUUCAAACGCACCACAUCUAUUCAAUGUAAAAGUAACCUUGCCAGAAAACCCUGUCACAUAUGCGUGGGAAGGAGGAGCUAUGCUUUCAAAAGAUCCAGAGUUCUCAAAACUUAUUGUUACUAGAAAGCAAUUUGAAGAAAAUGGUCUUUCAUACUGUCACGAAAAAUUUGAUGUAUAAUAUUUAUUUACAAUUAGUUUUCAUUAAAAUACAUUAUUUUAUUUA